UCACAUGGUAUUAAAAAUAGAAAGAGAAGAGCAGUUGUACAGUUUUUCGAAAAGGAGCUGAAAACGUUUACGGAAUAAUGGCACAACAAAAUCAGCCACAUUUCUCAAUUUACGGAGAGAAUAUAAAACCAACACUGAUUAAAUAUCACAAUAUGUACAAGUGCCCACUUUGCAAAAAGAAAGGAGACUAUAGCAUCAUGCAGUCUCACCUUCAGAGCCAUGAAGACCAUGUUGUAAAUUAUGCAGGUUUUACUAUCUACAGAUGCAACACAGGGUGUGUCACAAGUGGCCAUUUCCAUUGUUGUUUGUGUUUAAAAGUCAUUGUCAAAAGACGAAGAAAGACUACCCCCACUGUGCCCGCCAGAGAGACUGCCCCCGCUGUGCCCGCCAGAGAGACUAUCCCAGCUGCGCCCACCAGAGAGACUAUCCCAGCUGCGCCCACCAGAGAGACUAUCCCCAGUACUUCUCCCAAAGAGACUGUGUCCUCCAUUGCUACAAUCAAUGUCAGUUCAGCAGCGCCUGUCACUAGUUUUAGAGGAUCACAAAUUCUACAACAUGCAAAAGAGAAGAUAUUUUGUUAUCUCAAGUUACAUAUAAAAAGACAACAUUCCUCAACAAAAAUUGAAAUAAAUGAAUAUAACAGGCUUCAUUCGGUUUGUAUUGAUUCUAGAAGGGGCAUUUUUGCAGUGGCAAAAACUUCCACUGGACCUAGAUACCCCAUUCAUGUUCAAAAGUGCACAUGGGGAGCUAAACAUGUUGUGAUCUACGAGUCAGAGAAAUGCAAACGACCAUCAGAAUUUUCUCAAAGGAGUGGAUUCAUGGGAUUUGAAUGCUUCCAUCUGAGGUCUUUGGCCUUCUCUCCAGUUACUGCUAUGCCAGACAUUACACUUCAGGAAGAAGUAUUAACUAGAAUGAUACAAGCAAAAUGGUUUGGUAAAGAGACAAUGAAAACAUGUUUACAUCGUAAACAGAUGGCAGAAACACAGCAGACGCCAUUAAGUAAAGAGAUUUCUCUUGGAGAAGAAAAAUCACAAAUAUAUCUAUCAGUGUUUGAACCACGUAUAUCAUUCAGGUCUUGUUUGGGGAGGGUGAUGGUCCAUUAUAACAAGAAAUUGAAUACCUGGCACUGUGCCUCUUGCAAGCCUGUAUCUUCAUGUAUACACAAGGCUAUAUCUAUAUGGCAUUUAUUUCAAACACGCCCUGAACACUUUAAAAAAGUUAAGACAACAGGAAAUGAUGUUUUUGACUCUGUCACCAUUUACAGUGGCUCCUAUGAUUCUGAACAACAGUCAUGUGAUGUUUGCUAUCCUCCUAGAGGCCAUUUACUUGUGAGACUUGUGCAGUACAUUCAGAGGAAUAAAACAAUCCCAGAUGUUUUGCCUUGUGAAGUUUGUGCCACACCAAAAAUGGGUGACUUCCCAAUGCACUUGAUUCCAUACGAGACAUUUUGUGCCCAGUGCCCUGGGAAGGUUCCUAUGUCUGAUGCAAUUCCUAUUACCCAUAAAGGAAAGAUGUUUCCACAUAUUACAGACGAUGUGGACUUUGUGACAGUUUCUUCCGUUAUUCAAGAAUGGAAAGAUGGCUUACAUAAUUUUGAUGGCCAUAUCAUUAUGAGCAUCCAUCUGUGUCUUUUGUUGCGUAAUUCAAUUCAGAGUUACACAGCUGUUGAAAGGGUCAUAAGCAGCCUUGAAAAAACUAAUGACGUGCCCUACCCAAGUCAUAAUGCCAUAUUGCAUGCAUACCUACAUUUUGAGGCACUGAUGUCCCAUGAUUAUAAUUUCUCUUGUGGGCACUGUGGGCAUCAUCCUCCUAUUGUUAUCAUGGACUUACACAAAAAGGGUGUCUUUAAAAUCGCUGCAAGUGUCAUGAAAGAACCCCCACCAGAUUUUAUGGAAGACUAUUGGAAGUCAGUGGAAAAAGAAAUUCUUGGUAGAGGCUUUGUGAAAUGCAACCGUGAUAGUCCUUUUGUCAUUUUGCCAAGUUACCAUCAGUGGGCACCCUGGAUAGAACCCCAAACCAGAGCAAGUCACAUUGUUGCUAACACAGAGUAUGCUAAAGUACAUGUGUCAAAUAAGUCCCAAGAUGAAGGUGACAAUGAUAUUACAGAGGAGCGUCUCACAAAUGAAGUCAUGAAUUUAAAGGUUAACACCAUCAGAAAACUUUGUAAACAAUGCAAGCUUGAUUCUAAGGGCUUAAAAAUGGAUCUUGUCAUGCACUUAAGGGCAAAAAUGCAAACUCGAAGCACAUAUGACAAGGUGUUUCAGAAGGUUUGGGGUGCGUCAGAAGGUGGCUGGGCAGUGAUCAUGUGUCCAUGUGGAGUAGUCUACUCUGUUAAAUUCAACAUCAGGGCAGAAAGUCCAAGAGACUAUGCUGAUAUGUUGCUGUCCUGGAUGCAUAUUCCAAAUGUGGUUGUUUAUGACUUUGCCAGGGGCUUGGUAAACCACUGCAAGUUGCGGGAGCCAGAGAGACCUUUAUUUAAUCCAAAUGAAGGACGACUAGCAGAGGCAACCUGUGACAACAUUGAAAUGGCAGUUAAAGAAAACUUAAAAAUAAAUUUGCCUUGGCUCAAUGCUAAAAAAGUCACACCUGAUUCAAAUGGUCAUCCUGUCACAGGAUCUGCUGAGCACUAUGCUCUGUAUGAUACAUUCCACCAACACACACAAAUACAAUACAACACAAAGGAUGAGAAGGAUGUGCUGAGAAGAAUUUCAUUGGUUCCAGAAUUGCAAGGGUGGAUAAAUUUUCAGAGGGUAGAGCAGCUUUAUGCAGAGAUGCAGAAAAACAAUUAUUUUCUGAAUAUGGUCUCUCCGUCUGCUCAUGUGUUCCUGAUGAGAUCCAUUAUACAUCAACACAAUCAGAGUGUCAAUCAGAAGGCACUGGCUGAGCUGAGAAAGAUUUGUCCAGGGAGUCAAAUUGCCUCCGAUUCUACUGGAAAGGCAGUUCUAGCUCUGCAAGCAGCUUCUUUAGCUCCUUCUCCUCCAUCUCCAUCAGCUGUUCAUCAAGCAAUCACAUCCCCAGUGCAUUCAAUAAGUCACCCAGGAACAUUUCAAGCAGCCUGUCCAGCCACUGCAGUCGCAUUUAAUGGUGAAAAUGACAAAUUUGUGAGUAACAUGUCAGUGGAAAAUGCCAUCUCAAUGGUAAACCCAGAAUCUCCAUUAAAUGCUCAGCUGGAUUUAGAUUUGCUAACUGGGCUUACUAUGGCUUACUGUACAUCACUGCCAUAUUCUUCAAACCACUCAUUGACCACCCUGUAG